AUGACCAUGACCUCCCGUGCGACAAAACGGCAGCGCACACUAACAAGCUAUUCAGAAGGUGUCGAUAAAGCCCAAGCUGAACAUGACGAGGCUGGCCAUCAGUGCCCAUUAGAAUCUAACUCGUCUUUGGAAAUUAAACACGGCCGUGCUCCAUGGCAUUCCAAUAUGUCUUCAUCACUUCAAAACGGCCCUUGCUCAGCAGUAGCCAGCGAGGAUGCCACCGCCUCUUCUGUUCAUUCCUCGGUGGAUGAAAGGGGAACGCAAGCGCUCUCUGCAGCUAAUCAAUUAGAUCACAGACUCGAAGAGACUGUGGGAGCUCCUUGUGCAGAGCGACUUACUCGGGUGCCUGAGUCAACCUCUGCUAGUGCUAGCAGAAGUGUUGAUGAGGACAUAAUCGACGAUUAUGACUCCUGCGAAGAAUUAUUCACUAAACAUUUUUCCGGCCAGAAUAUCGCAGACCAGAAGAUUAAGUCGAAGUCAUCCCGCCGCCGUGAGACCUCAAAUGCCGCGUCGAUCAAAACUAGAAGCCGUUCGGAGAGAUUUACGAACCCCUCGAAACGUUUCAUUCUGCCACCCGAGCCUACCGACAGCGGUAAUAUUCCACCUUUCGAUAACUGCGGCGAUGGUAGUAUACCUUGGGCGCAGCGGUUUCAGCCGCUUAAUCUGGAGGAGCUGGCCGUCCAUAAGAAGAAAGUGUCCGAUGUGCGACAUUGGCUGGAAGCUUCUUUUAUGGGGACUGAUAGAAGUGUACGUCUUGCUGCUCCUUUUGUCUCUUUGUUUGAUUUCUUUCGAUAA